UCGGGCUGAAACCGGCAAGGGCCUCCGGCAAAAAAGGAAGGGGCUCCGGCCGCGGCCUAGCUAACCACUCCCCGCGCUCGGGGUUCUCCGCCUCUCGUCUGGAAAGGACACGCCAUAUCCGGGGAAGGGAGUGGACGCGAGCGAGGCAUGUUCUUUGCGCAACAAUGCUUCAAGUGGCUUGGCAUUAAAACAUCACUGCUGAAGAUAACUUACCCUUUGAGAUGCUUCAGGUUUUCGCUCUGUCCAACCAUGACCUUCAAGCACAAAAAUGCAAAACGAAUUGAAGGGCUUGAUAGCAACGUAUGGGUCGAAUUUACCAAGUUGGCUGCAGACCCUUCCGUUGUUAAUCUUGGACAAGGCCUUCCAGAUAUAUCUCCUCCUGACUAUGUAAAAGAAGAAUUAGCAAAAGCAUCAUCUGUUGAUAGGCUAAAUCAGUACACACGAGGCUUUGGACAUCCACCGUUGGUGAAAGUCUUGUCCCAAGUGUAUGAAAAUGUGUGUAAAAAAAAGAUCAACCCCUUCACUGACAUUCUGGUGACAGUAGGAGGAUAUGGAUCUUUGUUCAGUGCAAUACAGGGACUCAUUGAAGUUGAAGAUGAAGUGAUAAUAAUAGAACCUUUUUUUGACUGUUAUGAGCCAAUGGUGAGGAUGGCAGGAGCUAAGCCUGUUUUUAUACCUUUGAGAUAUCCUGCAGCUGGAAACACUGCAUCUAGUGCUGACUGGUCCUUGGAUCCCACUGAACUUGCAAGCAAAUUUAGUUCUAAGACAAAAGCUAUUAUACUGAACACCCCUCAUAAUCCCAUAGGGAAGGUUUAUACAAAAGAAGAACUGCAAAUAAUUGCUGAUCUCUGCAUUAAAUAUGAUGCUCUGUGCAUCAGUGAUGAAGUGUAUGAAUGGCUGAUUUACACUGGCAAUAAACAUAUUAAAAUAGCUACUUUGCCUGGAAUGUGGGAAAGAACAGUAACUAUAGGAAGUGCUGGGAAAACAUACAGCGUAACAGGCUGGAAGCUUGGCUGGUCUGUUGGUCCCCAGCACCUGAUAAAACAUUUGCAGGUUGUUCAACAAAAUACAAUCUAUACAUGUCCAACUCCUUUACAGGAGGCAGUAGCACAAGCCUUUCUGAAGGACUUGAAACGCAUGGAUGAUCCAGACUGCUACUUCAACUCCCUGCCUAGAGAGCUGGAAGGCAAACGGAACCAAAUGGCUCAGAUGCUCCAGGAAGUUGGACUGAAACCUGUUGUUCCAGAGGGAGGAUACUUCAUGAUUGUUGAUGUGUCCAUGUUAAAUGUGGAUCUAUCUGACAUGGAGCAAGAUAAACCCUAUGAUUAUAAAUUUGUGAAAUGGAUGAUAAAAUCUAAGAAACUGUCAGCUAUUCCUCUCACCUCAUUUUGUGGCCCAGAGACCAAAGGUCAAUUUGAGAAAUACAUAAGAUUUUGCUUCAUCAAAAAAGACAGCACACUGAAUGCAGCAGAAGUGAUCCUGAAGAAUUGGAAGAAGCAUUGACUCAGAAGCUAACAUUUCAUGUCAUUUAAAAAAAUGUAGGCACAGUUGUACCUUUAAAAACAGAUGUAGAAUUUCCCAUAUGAAACUAUACUUUAAAAAAUUGCACUGUGCUGCCACCUGCUGGAUAUUUCAUAUUAACAAUGUCUGUGAAAUGGAUUUUUCUAUCCUCCAGUUUAUAAUGGUAAGGUUUUGGUGAAAUCCUUUCCUCCCCUCAUUUUUAACAUGCUAAAGUAAAAAUACAUGCAGACAAUAUCCAUAAGAAUCCAGACCUAAUGCAUUCCUUUAUACUUGUUCAAGUUGUUAUGCAUUCACUUUAUUACUUAUUGGUUAAAUACUGAUCUCUUUUGCAUUUAAGGCAUAAUACCAGCCCUGUCCAGGCAUUCAGAUGGCUCACGCAUAAAAGUAUGUAGGCACUGGGUAUGCACCCAAGUUCCACCCUAAUGUCCUUAUGCCCCCAAAGACCUUUGUGCUCUCAGCACUAUAGUCUGAAGAGGGAUUCUAAGGGAAUUUGACUGCACAUGGGUACAAACUAUCGAAUGAUUAAGAAUGCUGACAAAGGGAAGAUUAUGCACCCUGAGAUGUUUGGGACAUAACCCACCUCCACAAUGUUAGCCUCUGCAUGUGCAGGUAUACACUUGCAUAGAGCAGAUGUCUGAGAGCCUUUGUCUGGGCAGGAUCCCCGGAAUUGGCAUGAUGGCAGAGGAAAGCGUUCAGGAUGAGCAUGGCACCAUGGAACUGGAUCAAGGGGUGUUAGACUUCCCUUUGUCAAAUCCUUCUGGUACCAUAAUCUAUUGUAAUCUAGGUUCCUGCUACUUAAAAAGAACCAGGUAUGGUUGAUUUUUGCAGGAUACUUUUUCCAUAUAUGUACAUCACAACAUGAACGGGGUAGUCUUUUCAAAGAUCUGAGUGAGCAUUCGUAAAACAUCCUGCUAUAUGAAUUCUCACAAAGAUCUGAAAACAAAUAUGUAAUAGUAAAAAUAACAGAUUUUAAAUGUAGUAAAUCAUGUGCAUUGUUUUUAUAAUAAAAGGUGUGGACUCCCAGUUUAUUGCACAAGAGUUCUGGAGUAGAAUGCAUUGCAAACUUUGAAUAAUUUUUAAAUAACUUUGUCUGGGAAAUGACAUAGCCUAUUUUGAGUAGCUAAUACAGCUGCAUUGCUCAUUACUAUGACAGAUAAAUACAGAAAUGCACUUUCAGGGCACAAAAUGCAAAAAAAAGGCCUUGCAAUUGAAAUGAAUAAAUAUCAUGCACAGUACAGGGUGUGAAUUUAACAGAUUGUACAGGGAAUGGCUAUGGAGAAGAGGUUGGACUGCUUUAGGGUACAGUCCUGUAGGUUGUACCCUUGAUGGCCGUGAACUCCCUAGUUUAGUGGCUUACAAGCAUCUAAUAAAGCGAGAGGAGUUGUGGAGGAAAAAUAUGCCUCUCAAUUUUUACUAGGCAGUUUUUUUCCAGCUGGGGUGGUUUGGAGAGGGAGAGGAGGAGGCUGAAGAAGUAAAAUGAGGCCAUCUACCACAAUGCCCCCUUUACAACCCCUGAUGUCAAGUUCCCAACCUCAGGGAGGCAGCCAACACAAUGCUUUUCAUAUUGGCUUUAAGAUGAGAAAGGGAUUGCAGCCCAGAUUUCCAAUGCCAAAGUCUGAGCAUCUUUGAUAUCAGAUCUGAGAAUUCAGAGGAUCCUGUGGCUGUCCAGAUGAUACCUAAGUACCAUGAGAUUGUUUUCUUUGCACAUUAGAUAAAUAAUUUGCUUUGUACUGAACAAGUGAGCAUCUUGCAUAAACUAUAAUAAUGAGAUGAUACUGUCCUUUCAAAUUUUACAGUUUUAUUUAACAAUAAUGAUCCUUGAGGAUUAAGUAAGUAUGGUUUGUCAGCUUUAUGAAACAUUGAUUUGAUUUAACAAAUCAUUAAAAGUGAAAAAUUGCUAUUAACCUUA